AUGGGGGAACGUAUCAUCAUUCUCUACAAUGACUCGAUCGACUCUGAUAACUGGGCUGCCCAGAGAGCUGUCAUCAGAGCCACGUCCAGGGAGUCCAAUACGCGCAUCAUCUGGAUUUUUGAGCCUCGUCAGGUAUCUCUGGGCUUGAACAAGUCGGCUGAGCAGCAGAGCCGUUGUUUAAAGCUCAUCAUCAAGCAUUUCCCAGAUCAUGGAAAGCCCUUCAAGGUGCUUCUCGGUGGUCUUUUGACGGAAAAGGAUGUGCAGAGCGUCCCAGGGCUGAGCGAGGAGGACAAAGAAACUCUUCGCUUAGCCAUUAAGCCUAAUUACGGGCCCGAAGAAGAUGCAUUCUUACACAGAGAACUUGUCGCUUGGGAUCACGCAGCGGCGCUAAAUGAAUGGCUUCACACCCCUGUCGAGGUUUUCAUUGAUCUCGACGGCUUUGAAGAAGUCCACAACCCAGUGAAUCUCUUCUUCCACCGACAAGAAGAGCUGGUCGCUCGCAGCGAGAAAGAACUUCUUCGCUAUGGAAACAUCAUGGAGGAGCCACUACCGCAGCGACUAGCCAGCCUCAGAGAGUGGUAUAAGACCUGCACAAAGACAGCCGAGAAGGAAAUUGGAGGCGUCGGAAACUCGGUUAAGCAACUCGAGCUUGACUCACUCUGUGAAACCAUCAAAUCUGCAGAGAGCGUGCUAUUCCUCGGUGGCGCGUCUCUCGGAAUUCUUCAGCGGUUCAUCGACAAAGGCGUCGCUGACAAGGUCAAAUGCCAUCUGCAAAUUGGAACAUGCGACCUGGCUCUCAACCUAUUCCCUAACCAGUUCAACAUUGCCCUGAACCCCACAGCCGCCGAAUUCGUCUUCCAGCACUUCAGCGACUUCGCCGACUUUGUCGUAGUCCCAUCGCAUAGCGCACAAAAUGCCCAAUACUCCCUCGUCGGACUCAAGAAAGAAGGCGGUCCAACGAUGGAAAGGAGAUGCCUCGGCUUCAACUGCGGCGAAGAGCCCCUCAAGAUGGCAAGAGACCAAGUAUCACUGGACAAGAACUACCCAGAUAGGAAAGCACCCAUGUCAGACCUGACAGCAUUCCUAUAUGCUCUCAAGCCCGGAUUCGGCGACGCAAAGCUGGGCUACGUCCAAGUUGAAAACCAAAAGGGCACGCUCAUCUUCAGGAGGAGUGACUCGGGCAUCAAGAUGUACGAUCUAGAGGCGCCAAUCAAGUUUGAAGCGGACGAGGUUGUCGCCCUGCUGGACUCGCUGGAAAAGGAGAACGCCUAG